AGGCGCUGCAGGAGAGGACUGAAAUCACAGCAGCCUUCGGACUCUGACAGGAUGGAGCUCUAUCUGGACCUGCACUCCCAGCCCUGCCGCUCUGUCUUCCUGUUUGCCAAAGCAGUCGGGAUUCCCUUUGAGUUUAAACAUGUGGACCUCAGUACAGGGCAGCAGUACAGCGAGGAGUUUGGAAAACUGAGCAUCGUGAGGAAGGUUCCUGUCAUGAAGGAUGGAAGCUUCGUGCUGACUGAAAGCACUGCGAUCCUAAAGUACAUGGUGCAGAAACACUCAUCGUCAGUGGCGGAUCACUGGUUUCCAGCCGACCUGCAGCAGCGAGCUCGUGUUAAUGAAUACCUGUCCUGGCAGCACAUGAACCUCCGAGCUCACGGCUCAAAGGUCUUCCUGCUCAGGGCUUUCUUUCCUCUCAUCAUGGGCUCCGAGGUCCCGAAGGAGAAGAUGGACGCAGCUGUCGAGGAUCUGAAUCAGUCGCUGAAAUUGCUGGAGGAGAAAUUCCUGCAGAACAAACCGUUCAUCAUCGGCGACAAAAUCUCUCUGGCUGAUCUGGUGGCAAUAGUUGAGAUUAUGCAGCCUGUUGGAACCGGCAUGGACGUGUUUGCAGGCCGCCCGAAGCUGAUCGCUUGGAGAGUCCGAGUGAAGAAGGCGAUCGGUGAAAAGCUGUUUGACGAAGGUCACGAGGUGAUCAUGAAGGUUGGCAGCAUGCCGCAGAAGAUGCAAAACAGCAGCGAGCUGGAGAUGCUCAAACCAAAGUUUAGGAAGCUUUUCAACUAAAGACGUUCCUGUAUUCAAACACGACUGCCACUGAUGUGAAAAAAAAUGAUCUGGUUUUAUGUUGGUUUUUAUCAGCAGAAGUCCUGUGCAGGUUUGACCAGCUCCCAGGUAUUAAACUGUUUGUGAAAGCCGA